ACAAUGCCGCGUUAUGUGGCUGUACAAUGCUUUAAUAUAGAUGUUAACUACAUGCACUGCAGCUUGUUGCCAACAACACUGGAUGUUUGCCAGGGAGUCAGCGGCAAACGUUAACUCACAAACGUCAACUGCAGACGUCUAACGACUGUUGUUCUAGAAGACGUGAGUCGCCAGGGAGCAUAACCAACUGAUAUCUGAAAGUAGACACGGCUAACAAACUGUCACUCGGACAGUGAGAAGUUGAAUUUUAUCUCCAGGUCGAUAACGUAUUGCCCUUCCCACUAGUAAGUUAGCCUGUACGAUAUCUAAUGACUGGUGUUUGAUAUGAAUUGAUUUCUUCGAGCCAAUCGAUUAGUGUACGGAGGAACAGUCUGAACCCAGCCUAACCGAUUGACUAGCUAGCUACAGUAGCAGAACACCAAGGGACGAAUUCAGUGAUUUGAUGACCAUGAGACAGAGCCCAAGGAGACCCCUGAUCCUCAAAAGAAGAAAGUUGCCCUUUCAGCAAAAUGAUUCGUCAACGCCAGCAGCAGCAGUGGCGGAAUCGCAAAGUCAGUCUGACGCAUCAGGCCCCAAAGAACCUUCAAAAUCAUCUGCCAGCCAGUGCUUCCCUGAUGGCAUCCGCAUCAUGGAUCACCCUUCCAUGUCUGACACACAGGUGGUUGUCAUUCCCAAAACAGCCGACCUUCAAAGCGUUAUCGGGGCCCUCACUGCUAAGGGCAAAGAGUGUGGUGCCCAGGGACCUAACAAGUUUAUCCUUCUGAGUGGGAGUGGCAACAAUGACAAUGGGUCUUUUUGUCAGCCUACUACUGAGGAGGAUGACGUCUCUACAAGAAGUACAGCUGGACAGCCAGUGAAACCAGACAGUAUGCUCAACUCCCCGGACGCUAAACCUUUCACUGCAAUUAAACCAUUGAAUAAGGACCUGGAUUGCGGCCCUUUGGAUGACAGCCUUACCAAUAUUCAGUGGCUGGGCAAAAUGAGCACAUGUACCUUCGAACCAGAUCCUGCUAAGCAGACGGCCAACAAGGAGAACCAAAACUCAAACGCACAGACUAUUCAGGCACACAAAACACAAAUGGACCCAGAAGCUGCACUCAAACAGCCCGUGUCAGAGAGGCCUCCGUACUCCUACAUGGCCAUGAUCCAGUUUGCUAUAAACAGCAGGAAGAACAGGAGGAUGACGUUGAAAGAGAUUUACAUGUGGAUUGAGGAUCACUUCCCUUACUUCAGAGAGGUGGCCAAACCAGGGUGGAAGAAUUCUAUCCGGCAUAACCUCUCUCUACAUGACAUGUUCAUUCGUGAAACAUCACCAGAUGGCAAAAUUUCUUUCUGGACCAUCCGGCCUGAAGCCAAUCGAUGUCUCACUCUUGAUCAGGUGUACAAGCCCGGUUGCGACCCAAUGACUGCUCCUGUUCCCGUGCCAAUGCUUUUAUUUCCCAACCAACAACAAAAGAGGAUGCUUCCUGAUGCAAGGAAAACACCAACUGGCUCUGAGAGAAGGAUGAAACCUCUUCUCCCACGAACCGAUUCCUACUUGGUCCCUAUCCAGCUGCCCGUCACCUCCUCCGUCUACCUGCCGUCCUCUUCAUCAUCCCCGUUCCCCGCUUCUUGCUCACAGCAGAAGCGCAACCCUUCACGAGGAACCAAGAGAGUCCGCAUAGCUCCUAAGGUGACUCAGAGUGAUGCCCCCGCUGUGGUAAUGUAUCCCCAGAAGAACAAAGAAACCAAGGUGGAAGUGAAGGAGGAGCCGGUAUGUGCUCCGAUUAAAUGCGAGACUCCGAAAUCCCUUCCAAAAAGACAAGCCAGCAGCUCUCGGCGUAAACAGCGCCUGGUUCACUCUCUGCACGAGGAGCCUGUCCUCCUCUGCCCUGAUAAUACUUUCUUUGACUCUGGCGUAGCCUCAGACAUUUCAACUUUCCACGACAAGCGAGAUACCGAGCUGGACGAGCACCAGGAUGAGCAACACAGCCCCGACCGGGAGUUCUCCUUCAAGACCCCCAUCAAAAGUAGCAGCCACCUGACCUCCUCCACUCCCAGCAAGCCCCCCUCUAACAUAAUACCCGAGCCCUGGAAAGUGACCCCAGUGGGAAAAGGGAGCCAAGACAUUCUGGACUUCAGCCCCAUUCGCACACCGGGCGGUCCCGCAGUCACUCCACGACAUGACUACACCACCUUCAGCUUCAACAGCACUCCCUUUAAAGACUUGCCUCUCUUUAACUCCCCCAGAGAGCUGCUCACAUCCGCUCCUUCCAGAGCAACCGGACCGACAGACUCUCCCAUCGAAUGCCUCCGAAGCAGCUGCUCCAGAGAGCUGCUCCAGGCGGGAGGCGCCACACCCACCAACCGCUCCAUCACAGAGGGCCUCGUCCUGGACACCAUGAACGACAGCCUGAGCAAGAUACUAGUGGACAUUAGCUUCUCUGGUCUGGAUGAUGAGGACUUGGGUAUGGCUAACAUCAGCUGGUCAGAGUUCAUCCCUCAACUAAAGUAGACUGAGGGACAUGACACAUUUCGCUUCAAAAACAAUAUAAGUAAGAAAUCCCACAGAAGAACAGCAAAGCAGAUGCAAAUGUAAGGCAGUUUACUAAAUUUGGACAUAAAAUGAGCAACACAAAAAUAAGUUGGAGAAGGUUUAUGACGACUGCAGCAACUGGAUUAAAAGAAACAUUUAUAUCGUUGACAUCUAGUGUGAACCAGCUUAACUCAGAGUGAGUUGUAGCUGACUGAUAAAACUAGCUAAAGACACCAAAUAUAUGUAGAUGCAGCUAAUGAGACAUAUCAGUAAGAAUAUGAAGCAUACUCUCAGAUCAUCAAUACUGAAGAUAAUCUGUUUGCACAUCAGAGGUGGAGCUAAAUGGCUCAGAGAAAAAUUAAAGGAUCUGACUGGUAUAUUGUUACUCCUAUGUGGUGGAGCACCAAAAAAUGACAUUUACUGUGGUUGUCUGGUUGACUCCGCAGAUGGCAUCUACACUUCAUAUUUACAUUACAGGAUCAAUUGAUGAUAUUUUGACUGUGUAACAGCACCAAAGUGAAACAACAUAACAAAAGCAACACUAGAUGCUCCUCUUUGCUGUAGUUUGAAUGUGUUUACAUUUGUAGAUCACCGCCUCAAUAUAAUUAAUGUACCUUUUCCAUUCAGUUGCUGUAGUUGUUCAUUUGGACCGUGUAAGUGCCAAGUAGGCUCUUUUGUUUAACGACCGUUUGAGUUUGCUUCUUUUUCAUCUGCUUUACUGUCUACUGGACAAUGUUUCCGGCUACCAUUGGGAAUAGAGUAAAUUAUUUUAAUGAAUGACAGGGACACUUGUAGUUACCGGGUAGAAUUACAAAGCUGCUCAUUUGUUGUCCCUCAGUCUUUUGUACAUGUCAGGUGUUUCUCUCCCCUUCUGACUUUAACUGCCUUAAUGUCACUUUUUUUUUUCUCCAUCUUUUAAAACUUUCAAUGUCGAAAACUUCACACACAGUCCAAGUCUUUUACAAUUUCGUUUCUUUUAUCAUUUAUCCUAAUUUUCAUAUCUGUCUGUAUUCUUGAAGGAAUUGCUAGAGAAGAGAAACGUCUUAAGUGUAUAUGUAUGUUGAUUUGCACAUUUUAAUAUAUAAUUUAGCUUUUGCGUAUGUAAAUGUAAAAGAAUAUUGCCUGAUCAACCAGUGCGAUGCUUUCACGCGUCAGUAUCCUGGAAUAGACUUUUAGACGGUGAGGCAGGAAUGUUAGCAAUAAGCAAUGACAAAGUAAUACAAAUAGCACUAACAGCAAUAGGAUAGGUUUAUGUACGUUAAUCGUAGAACUGUCUUCACCACUUAACUUUAUAAAUCCUCACAGUAAUUAUUCACCAGUAUGCCAGUACCAACUUCAGGGCACUUUGUACCUAUAAAGAGGGAUGUUUUCCAUGCAGUGACUCUUCAUGUCAACACCAUAUUUUAGAUUGCCAUUGCAAACAAAUACAAAAUAUUUUGUAUCUAUGUAGCACAGAUCGUAUUUGUUUUCAAUAAAGAUGCAUGGUGCCUAUUUUA